AUGGAGGACACUCACGAACAGACCGCGUCACUAUAUCGGCCAUCAACGCUACGAAAGACCUUGUUCCUACCUGACCUGGCAAAAGGUAUCCUUGGAACGAUCGCAAAUAUUCUCAUUCUUGCGUGGUCAGUAAUCAAAAACAAAUCCGAUUUCCUGGCGAUAGUCAAGAAAUGCGAAACUAUCUGGAAUGUCCUUGAAAGAGCGACCAAGGAUGCUACCGAAGACGAUCUUUGGAAAAUGCCUUAUCCGAGCUUAACAUGUAAAUCAAUAAACCGUAUCAAUAGUGAAGUGGCUUCGAAGAAGGAGUACAGAUUCUUGCACAGGCUCUUCUCUGUCAUAAUUGACCGCGACCAGAUCGCCAAAUGGGAAAAGGAUUUAGAUCGCUUACUGGCACUCUUCAACUUUGAAGCAAUUACUGGCCUCUCGAUUAGCACGAAGAAAUUCGCUUCGGAACUCAAGGGAAAUGCUCCUAUCAGUGUUCUACAGUGUCGCCCGAUAGAGCCCCCAUCGCGACCUUCCAUAUUUCAUGGCCGUAACAGUCUCGUGGCGGAGUUGACGAAUCUUGUCGUCAUUUUAAACGAUGAACAUCUUGCGUUGAUUGGUCCGGGAGGCAUCGAAAAGAGUUCUUAUCCAGGGACAUCUUGA